AUGUCGUCCGAACAAGAGACGAAGAGCACUGAAGAAACCCAAAUUGGCGGAAACCUCGACGCUGCUGGCUCUGCCUCAGGAGCUGCAAACAUCGGAGCAAACGCUUCCUCCAAGAAGUCUGAAGAGAGACGAAAGCCCAAAAAGCUAGGCCAGAAAGGUCAAGCCAACGGUGAAAAAGCAGACGGCGAAGGCGACGCAGACGGACCAGAAGAAUCUCCAACACCACAACCAAAGAUGGAUCCGCAGACAUCAGCAUCAGCAUCUGCCCGCUCCGGUUCUCGACGAGGGAGCCGGGGUCGCGGUCGAGACUCGAGCGAACCCCCCAGUGAGGUUGACAGCGCAUAUCGAAGCGACGUCUCCCAGAAAGGCGGACGACGGAACCGAAACCGGAAUAGAGGCAAGGCCCAGGCCCAAACACAGCAGCAAGGGAAGGGCGGCCUUCUCGGCGGAGGCGGCGGGCCCCUUGAUGCAGUUGAUGAGGUCGGCGACACGGUGAAUGGCGUCGUUGACGGCGCCGGAAACCUCGUGAACGACACUGUCGGCAAAACCUUGAGCAAGCCCCACGAAGCUCUUGGAGGACUGCUGCACAGCAAAGGCGGCAAGGAAGGGGAGGGAGAAGAAGGUGACGGCGAGACCAACGAACAAUUGAGAUUAAGACUCGAUCUUAACCUAGACAUUGAAGUCCAACUGAAGGCCAAAAUUCAUGGCGAUUUGACCCUUGGCUUAUUGUCAGUCAAUCAUCCAUUCCACUGCGCGAAUGCUAACGUCUCACAGGAACUAGUGCAUGACCUCGAUUCGACACCACCCCCUACGGCCCCUUCAAAUUACCUCUACAAGCACAGCCAUUGCAACGAAUUAGCACAACAGUUGGGGAAGCUCGAGCAGGGGCAUUGGUCAUGUGUUGUUGUGUUUGGCCGAGCUGCUAUAGCCGUUAUCCGCAUCUCCGGCCCGGCAUGUUUGCAGAUUUAUCAACAGCUCUGCCCGAAUCGCGGACUCCCUAGACCUCGCACCGCGGCGUUACGAAAGCUCUACGAUCCCGAAACCGCACGAUCCUCAGAUCCCCGAGUCCUUGAUACUGGCUCAUUGGUCCUUUACUUCCCUGCGCCCAACACGGUGACCGGCGAGGAUGUACUGGAGUUCCACGUCCACGGUGGCCCUGCCAUUGUUCGCUCGGUGUUGGCCGCCAUAGCGAGAUGUGGGCACUUGAUGCACGGAAGAGAAGGAACAGUGAGACAUGCCGAACCUGGCGAGUUCACAAAAUGGGCAUUCUACAAUGGAAGAUUGGAUCUCACCCAGGCUGAAGCCCUGGGCGAGAGCCUCGCAGCCGAGACCGAACAACAACGGCGAUUAGCUGUCAGCGGCGCAGAUGGCGGACUCGCGAAAAGAUACGAAGAAUGGCGUACCAUGUUGCUAUAUGCUCGAGGGGAGCUAGAGGCUCUGAUCGACUUCUCGGAGGACCAACAUUUCGACGAGUCGCCAAUCGAGUUUGUGGCCUCGAUCUCGAAGCAGGUCCAAGCACUGAAGAGACAAAUUGAGCUUCACCUUCGGAAUGCCUCAAAAGGGGAACUACUGCGCAAUGGCAUCAACGUAGCUUUCCUGGGGGCACCAAACGCGGGCAAGAGUUCCUUGCUCAACCAGAUCGUUGGCCGAGAGGCUGCAAUCGUCAGCGCCGAAGAAGGGACCACUCGAGACAUUGUUGACGUGUCGAUCGAUCUCAAUGGUUGGCUAUGCAGACUUGGUGACAUGGCCGGACUCCGCGCCACUGGCACUGUCGGAGAGCAGCAGCAGCAGCAACUUGUCGGCGCCGUGGAACUCGAAGGCAUCCGUCGAGCACGGGAGCGGGCAUUACAAUCGGACGUUGUUCUGGUUCUAUUGCCCGUCGAAAUGGAUAAAGAUGGGAACCCGCAAGUCCCUGUCAACGGAGAAGUACUUGAGGCUGUGCAACAAUGCGAUGCUGCCGGCAAGAUUAUUCUCGUUGUUCUAAAUAAGAUUGACCUGCUCGGCAUGCAUGAUGAUCCAAAACAAGAAGGCAUGAUAGCCUUGCAGACACGGAUCCAUCAGAUAUUCCCAACUGUCCCUGAACGACGGAUUUGCUUGGUAUCCUGCAAAGAUGCGACAAGCAACGUGGUCGGCUCCGAUCCAGGUGGGAUCCAAGCAUUCCUCAAACAACUAACCAGCUCAUUCAUGGAGUUGACGACACCGUCAGCCAGCGAAGACAUUGCGGAAGCGCAACUGACUGCGGCAGAAGCGCAGUCCUACUGGACCACGUCCCUUUCAGUCACGCAUCGGCAGACCACGUACCUCUCGCAGUGCUUACAUCAUCUCGAGGACUUCCUUGCCCAGAGCCAGUCACGGCCGCAAUCUCACCUGCAGAUAGAUACCCCGGAAUUCUCCGAUUCGCCUGAUUCUGCCACUGAUUACCGCACUGAUCGCCACAAUGACCUUGUUGCUCCAAAUAUAGCACAGGUCGUUGGAAAUGGGGAUACGGAUGGUGCAGUCGAUAUCGUGACUGCAGCGGAACAUCUCCGUUUCGCCGCCGACUGCCUCGCCAAAAUCACGGGCAAGGGAGGAUCCGGUGAUGUGGAGGACAUCCUUGGAGUUGUCUUCGAAAAGUGA